AGUAGGCAUUGGGGCACGCCAGAGGAAGACUAAUUCCUCGUGUGAAAUAAAGCUGUUGAAACGUGUCCUCUGCAUAUUCUCUAUCCCAGCACUAAACCAUCAGUGGCUCUCACUAAAUCGCUGUGGCUCACUGUGGUCAGACCAGGAUGGAGGAACAAGAAAACAUCUGGAUGUUUGGGUGACAUUUGAUUAACUUGCAGGUUUACCAAAUAGUCAAAGGAGAAACGCUCACAUCCAGUUCCUCCACCUACCGGGUGAGAUCUUUCCUGGGACAGGGCACCUUUGGCACUGUUGUCAGGUGCACGAGGAUGAGCGACAUGAAGACAGUGGCCAUCAAAAUGAUAAAAAAUCAGGGCUUUUAUGCUGAGGAUGCAAAAGAAGAAGUGGCUAUCCUGUUGAAAUUGAAAUCGCUGGACUCAGACAAAUGUAACUUGGUUCGCUGGUACCAAGUUUUCCCUGACAGAGGCCACAUUUGUCUGGAGUUUGAGCACCUGGACAAAAGUCUUUAAGACUUUAUGAAGGAAAGAUAUUUCUGACCUCUCCUUCUUAAGGAGAUCAGACCCAUUGUCCAGCAGAUCACCAAUGCACUCAGUCACUUGAAGGCUGUUGGAAUAAUGCACGCAGACCUCAAGAUGGAAAAUGUGAUGUUCGUCAACCAUCAACAGGAGCCAUACAAAGUCAAAGUGAUUGACUUAGGCCUGGCCUGUCACAUGUCAGCUGCCAAGACAGGCUCAUAUAUUCAGACCUGUCCAUACAGGUCUCCAGAGGUUAUUUUGGGGCUUCCACUCACAGGGGCCCUAGAUAUGUGUUCUCUGGGGUGCAUGGCUGCAUUUUUGUACCUCAGCACUCUGCUCUACCCUGGGAUGUAUGGAUAUGAUAUGAUGAGGUACAUAGUGGACAUUCAGGGUAAGCCACCGGACCUGCUCAACCUUGGAUGUAAAACAAACAUUUUUUUUGAGAGAGACUGCAUCACCAGCUCAUGGAAACUAAAGACACCAGAACGGGUCCGCCAUGAGACGAGGAUCCAGCCGAUGGAGACCAGGAGGUUGAAGCUGAGGUUUCUGGAUGCCGUUCUGCGUCACAAGAGAAUAACUCAUGAGGAUUAUGCAGACUCAGCUGCCAAAAUGAACGAUGUCCUGCUGUUUGUGGACAUGCUCAAGACAAUGCUGGAGCUUGAUGCAGAAAAUUUUCAUCCAUCCAAAAAGGUCAAGCGCAGGUGCUAUGCAAGUCCAGCUAACGCCAGCAGCAGCCAGGAUCCUAUGGAUCUGAGCCACCCAGUCCCCCACCAGAGGGUCAUUGCUCACCCCUCCAAAAACAGUCAGACCCAAAAUUGGAUCAGGUCUGAUGUUAAGAAGGCUUCUGUUGAAGGUGUGAGGUGCAGGGAUGUAACCAUUGACCACUAUCGAAGGUUAUAUUAUGAAAGAAUGAGAGAUGGAAAAAGCUCUGCAGGUCCAUCCACAUCAGGCAGCAGCACCCAGACCCAGACUUGCACCUCACCACAGACAAGUCAGCUGGGACUGAAGAGAAAGGCAGCUGAUGGUGAAGAUGUGCAGCCUAGAAAAAGAUCCUCUGUACAAUUCACCUCUGUACAACAAUCAGCAUCAUUACAACAGAGCCUGUCACCAUAACAGGCUCUGUGUACCUGUACUUGUUCCUAGUAUCGCUUACUCCAGAGAGCUACGAGUCAGGGAUAUAAUGUUACAAUGUUUCAAUAAACACUUAAUUGAUCAUUAA